CUUCUCUCGUUUGCAAUAGUUUUCAACAACCCAUAGGGCUUAGAGAGAAGAGGAGAGAGAAUUCCAAAGGAUGGGAGACGAGAAAGUAAAAGAGGAGGCGAUGCGGAUCAUCGGGAUGUUCCAGGUUCUUCCACGUUUGGUGGUUUUCGAUCUUGAUUACACUCUCUGGCCCUUCUACUGUGAGUGUCGAUCCAGACGUGAAAUGCCAUCGAUGUACCCCCAUGUCCAAGGCAUAAUAGCUGCACUCAAGGAAAAGGGGAUCGAUAUGGCUAUUGCCUCUAGGUCUCCUACUGCAGAUAUAGCUAACACAUUCCUUGACAAAUUGAACAUCAAGUCUUUAUUUGUUGCAAAGGAAAUUUUUUCGAGCUGGACGCACAAGACUGAUCAUUUCCAAAGAAUUCACUCAAGGACAGGGAUUCCCUUCAACUCAAUGCUCUUUUUUGAUGACGAGGAUAGGAACAUAGAAGCUGUCUCCAAGAUGGGAGUAACAAGCAUAUACGUGGGUAAUGGGGUUAAUCUUGGAGCAUUGAGACAAGGGUUAACAGAAUUCACUGAAAAUCAGAACACAUCCGAAAAGAACAAGCAGAAAUGGCUCAAAAAAUACGCGCAAAAUUCAAGUUCGUCUGAGAAGAAAGAACUGAAAUGAGUAAUUGUUCUAUGUUAGUCCUUGGUCUACAAUACCAGAAAGAAAUCAAUAUCAUUUUCCUGAAUUAUGUGGAAACUUUUUGAAACCACAUUCUAUUUAUAAAUUAAAUAUGUCUGCUGAACUUGCAGCAAUGCUACUAUUAUGGAAUAACCGAGGAUAUUAUGUUCUAUUAGGGAAAUGGAUUAUAUACUUUUAGAUGCAGUU